GGCUCAGAGGUUGCGCGAGGAGUUGGAAGCGGCGCACAAGGACACGCAGGACAACCACUACCAGCAAGUGGGCGUCGUCGACACACCCACACAGAGAGAGAGACACGCCACGAGUUGACGACGGGUUAUCAGAACUCCAUGGCCAUCAAGUCCACACCGGUAGGCACCAUCACACGCACACACACACACACACACACACACAGAGCGGCGCGCCAUGUAGGUGUGUGUGUGUGUGUGUGCAGGCGAGGCAGAAGCGAAAGCCAGUCCAGAUAUACGUCCUUCCAAGAAGAAUUAGCGUUAUCCCCCCCGCGGAGCCUCCCCAUAGGUAGCUUUUUCCCUUUCUCAUCAUGUUCGUGCACACGUGUCUGUCUCUCUCGCCUGAUGGCUUGCUGUGUACAUCUGCAGGAAGCCAUGGGGGGGCAGGACUCGGCCAUAUGACGAAAAGGACGAACAAAAAAACUUCCGUUGCCCGAAAAGGGUAAGAGAGCAGCAGCCUGUAAGCAUCAUGGAUGGAUGCUCAUUGUUGUUCCUGUGUCUUUACCCUUCUGUCAGCCCCACUGAUGGGCAACAGCCCUGCUCCUAGUGUUCGCCUGCAUGUUGUGUGUGGCGUGCUGUCGUGUGAUUUGUGUUCUUCAUGUAUGUGAUGCCUCCCCAACGAAUUAGCGAAUGAGGUAGUCGAUGCCAUAUUCACGCUGGCGGCCGACAGACAGCACGAACUCAGGCAGUCGGGCAGAGCGUGAGCGACCUGCACACACCCUAUCACUGCGUUCCGACCAACACGUAUUCUGUGUGUGUGUGGCAGGUUGCCCCGCGUCCGCUUCACCGCCACCGACUUUUGGCAGAAGCUGGCUGGCCCCGACGACGGCUACAAGUACAACUACGAAGCCGUCAAGAGCCGCAACAACAUCCAGGGCGUAAGUGAGCCGCCCAGCCACCCAACCACCCUGCUAGCUGCACCGUGCAGCGUCAUCAAGUGAGAAGACAGAGGCCUCACGAAUGACACACGCUGCUCAUUCCAUAUUGCUGUGCUGCAUGUAUUAUCGUGCCUUCAGCAUCACGCUCGACAAUCUGUAAGCGACAGUACAGGACACGACAAACCCCAUCAUCAUCAACAGAGCACCCGAGCAGCAGUGGCGUGUGUGUUGAACUUUCAAUCGUUGGCGGCAGUGGUCGCCGGAGCAGACUCAUGAAGACAAAGAGGAGAAGGGGGGCGAGAAGCCGGAUGAUUUUAACGACACUCGUGUGUGAGGGGGGAGGGCUCUCUGCCCGCUCACUCGCUCCGGCCACCCACACCACCAAGCCCACGCUGCCGGUGCGCAGAGACACACACACAUGCAUCCGCGCAUCGGCAACGAGAUGAUGGCACGUCUGUAUCUGUGCGUGUGUUCAGGUGUGCAGUCGUUCGAGUUGGAAGACGGCCGUCAAGCACGACAACAAGAACAAGGUGCGCACCAUACGCACACACACACGCAUGUAUCCACGUGUCACACAUUGUCUGCAUAUCUCUGUGUGAUUUCGUGAUAGAUGGAGUGCUGGUGGUGCCACCAGCGGGGCCACAAGAUGAGCCGCUGCCCGGAGAUCUGGGCACUCCCCGCCGAGAUGCGAGUGGAGAUCCUGGGCUUCUAG